AUACAUUUAGUUCCAGCAGUGCCCAGUUGUUUCUCUGCUGCAUCUUAAAGUCUUUCUUACAUUUUUCAAAAUUUUCGUCCCUUUCAACCUUGCCGGAGUCCCCCGCCUAUGUUCAGUGAACAAAAUUAAGGUCUGGAAUUGGCUUCAAUCCCCACAAUUCAUUCUAACAUCACAUCAUACAAAUCGUGAUACUCGUAUGAUAACGAAGAUGAACCGGUACUGAGGCUUGAAAGUCUGGAAACCUCUUCUUACCACAUGGUCAUUCCGGGAAAUUGAUUCUUUCCGGAUUUUAUAUUGAGUCUGGGAGGCAUCACCCCCUCCAUGAAUUUAUUUAAAGGUCCAUACCCCAAAAUACAGCAAACAUUUCAAGCCACAGCAAGAUAGAUCAUAAAUAUAUCAUCCCAUCAAAAGUCGAAGACUUUAGUCGGAUUCAAGUUACAUCAUCCAUAUUAUCAAACACCUUAUUCACCAUCAAUUUCUUUGUCGGGCUUUGUACCAACAGCAACCUCGGCAUUCCCUCACCAACACAGCGUCCAUAUAUUCUUUCAGAGCUCCAACUCAACUAUAACAUCUUUCAAGGAGUAAGCUUUGACUUACCCCAAAAUCAAACUGAUAUCAUCAAUCUCCCCAAUGGCAAGUGUGGUUUGCCAGAAGCCUGCCGUUGAUUACUUCACAUUGUCGCGGCAGCAAACUGAAGUAAGUAUAUUACUAUUUCCUUAAAACUCUACAUGAAACCAAUGGAAGCCACGUCUUGAGAAUUUUCACGUUGUCCGAGUUAUUCCGGAUAUGGAUAUGUGGGUAAACUCCACCUCUCCCAAUGGGCUUCCACUGGUCUAAGUCCUCUUCUACUUCCCUCAAACCACCCCACUGUACCAUUGACUGACAGCUAGCUCUUAUAGCAGAGUACAUCCCCAUUCAACUGGGAUAGUGAGCCCACACUCGUCCAUAACUCAGACUCCUGUGACUCUAUUCUCCCAUCACCAACUUCAUCCAACCCAAUAUUCUCCAGACCUUCUUACAUUCUCCCAAAAGACGAACCAUUCCAAAACUCCAACCGAAAAUCAUCUACGGGUCAAGCAUUUGACUUUGGUACCUUUGAAGAUUGGAUGCGCUGGGACGAUCCAAGUGACGCAACUCUAUCACCCACCUCGGAUCUCUUCCCAGAACUCAAGAGUGAGCCCCUCUCGCCUAAUAUGAGCGGUCUCGAACUCUCUCGAAAUCUAUCCACUAUCGACGAAGCAGCAGUAUUUGGUGACGAUAACAUGGGCGAAGCUGGAGAACAACUAUUUCAGCCCACACCCAAUAAUCUAAUGAGCUCACCCAUCAUCGAAAUCCCAUCUCGAGAAGGCUUAUAUUCCACGCCUCUUUCCUGGGCACGACCGCAAAUGAACUCAAAUAUCAAUUCUACCAUUCGCCGCGCGCAACCCAUUCCCCAGCCUCAACAGCAACCUAUCAUCUACCACCGCACUCUCACUCCCCAGGAGGAGAUCCAACUUCGCGCUAUAGCCAUGCCCCAACAACCUCAAAACUCCGCUGUAUACCCAACCUCUCCAACUUCAUCUAGAAGCUCACCAGCACAUUCUCCCAUCCCCAGACCCGCACGCCAGUCAAUGUCAAAUUCAAAUCAUCACACCAAUAACCUGAAACGCAAAUCAUCAGCUUGCUCAUCAGACUCGAAUACUGACGGUGAAGAUGAAAUGCCCGUCCGCCACCCACCAAUCAAGAAGACGGCUCAUAACAUGAUCGAGAAACGAUACCGAACGAAUUUGAAUGACAAGAUUGCUCUACUGAGAGAUAGCGUACCCAGUUUGAGAGUAAUGUCAAGAAAAUGUUCGAGGGGACAAGAAGAUGGUGAUGAGCAUAUUGGAGAUGACGAGGAGGAAGAUUUGCAAGGUUUAACACCAGCACACAAAUUAAAUAAGGUACAUUUCUCCGCUCUUUUAAUUGAGAUAAGCUUUGAGACUAAUGAAUUGCAACAGGCAACUGUAUUAUCUAAAGCAACAGAAUACAUCAACCACCUCGAAAAACGCAACAAAUACCUCCAAAGAGAAAACGAAAAUCUCAAAUCCCGCGUCGAAGCUUUCGAAAUGUUAAUGAUGUCCAACCAAACACAAAACGGCGCACCGCAACAAACAAAUGGCAUGCAAAGAGGAAGAUAUGGAUCGUGAAUGCUAGUGAGGGGCUCGCCGUGUACGAUAUAACUACUACUACGAGUUCUACAGGCGCAUUCGAGAGGAGGUAAUGGAAAUAACGUGACGGAUGCAAGAACUGUAAAAGAACAAACGGUGUUUGGAGCGGUAUCUGUCAUGGAAAAUUCAAUGUGAUGUGUAUGGUAUUUUACUAGGCGUUUUUUUGUGGGGGAAAACUGAUGGAUGGAAUGGAAAAGGAAUGGAUGGAUAUAAGCGGAAAAGCAAGCAAAAGGAUACCCGGAAUUUUCUACAAAAUUUUCAGAAAGUUCAGUAGUGUGUUCACUGGAAGUCUUGAGGAGGAAAAAAUCAAAGUCAAUAUUAAAAUAGAUUCUCAAGCAUAUGUUUUUUC